GGUAGAGGUACCUCCUCUUUUCAUGAAACGCAGCUGAAGUCGCGGCAAGGCACCUGUCUCGGUCCCUCGGAAGACCUGCUCCAAAAGGUUCCCCAGAGCCUCCAACUAACCCCAAACAUAGCGGCUAAGCCCCGCUAUUAUGUCCCACUCAUGAAAGACCCUUACCCCCUUCCUUCGAGCGGUGCCUGGCUGGGGUGGGGAUCGAGGGUACCAAAGAAGCUGGCCCGAGACCUGGAUGCCUGCCCUAGCGUAUGCCUUGCUGCUGUCUGCGCCAGCCUAGAACAAUUUGGACAUUGGGGACCUCGUCCAAUCUCCGUGUGUCGCGAACCGAACCCAGAUCCCUCCCCGUCCAAGAACGAUGCCUCCAACUCGCCGACAAGCUGAAAGAUUACGUCCUUUCCGAUGGCGCCGGGCGAAGAACCCAGAUUUACACACGCAUCUUCUCCUCCAAGUCUCCAAUCCGUGAAUCUAUAGUCAACCACACCUCCGCCAUCCCGAUCGACUGCGCCUUUGUCGACCGUUGCCUUUUUUUGGAUACAACAACACUCGCUUUCUUCGUCGUCUUUGCUUCCAACCAACUUGAACGCCGCGCGGCGCGUAUAUCACCAGUUCUGACAACAAUCCUAGCUACAACUACGCUUUGUAUCUUAUAUCCCAUCUUUCGACCGACUACACAUCUAUACCCGACACCAUAUUCUGCAAUCGUAAUCGCUACUGUAUCUACACUUCAAAUCAUGGGCCUUUUCGCAAAAAAGAAGCAUGGCCACGAAAAGGGCGACUCCGAGGCGCAUUCGCCAUCUCCCAAUACGCAGCUCGGUGCCCCCGAAAUCACGUUCGUCCGUACCGAUACGUUUACCGAGGAGAGAAUCUUUCCUCCUGCGAGCCCUGUAACCGAAAAUGAUGCCGACCACGAUUCAUACCUGUCCGCCGAGACGGCGUCAGGAACACCAGCAAGGGGUCGCCUUAGUCUGGACGUCUUCCGCAGCAAUCGCAGUCGUAGCCAAUCUAUGAGCAGCAAUCCCAAGAGCCCCGGAGCCAAGCGCGCCUCGCGGUUCCAUUUACAUCGUAGCCCAGUGAGCUCCGACAAUGUGCCUCAGGACCUGCCGGACGUGCCUGCUAUCGUGGUUCCCGAAGGCGAUGAAGAUAAGGAGGGCAAAGAAGCCCAAUGGGAGAAGCGCGCAACCAUGUUGGCACGCAAGAACUCCGAGGUUCGCAGUCGUCCAGGAGCCCGUCCGGCCAGCCCUACCCGCAGCGUUAGUAACGACUUUGCCCGUAUGCGCCUUGGAAGUGGCCCGACCGAAGCGGAAGAAUGGCCUUUGAAAAGCGAACCUGGGGCUGUUACGCCUGCUCCGUCUGCAACCAAAGCUGUUUCGUCCAAGGCUAUUGAUGACGAUAUCCAGCAAGCUAUCAAGUGGCAUGAAGAAGGAAACUUGGAGGAGUCCACUGCUCUAUUUGGAAAACUGGCGGACCCAGAAGGGUCAAAUAAUCCCCUAAGCCAAGUUCUGUACGGCCUUGCUUUGCGGCACGGAUGGGGAUGCACUCCUGACGCAGCCAAAGCCGUGACAUACCUCUCAGCAGCAGCCUCGAACGCCGCCGAAAUCGAACAACUCGCCCUCCAGGCUGGGCUUAAGAAGGGCGGCGCUGCCAAAGGCGAGCUCGUCCUAGCCAUAUUCGAGCUGGCAAACUGUUUCCGUCAUGGCUGGGGUAUUCCUAAAGACCCGAUAGCCGCGAAACAAUACUACGAGACAGCGGCAAAUUUGGGAGAUUCUGACGCCAUGAACGAGGUAGCAUGGUGCUACCUUGAAGGUUUCGGCACAAAAAAGGACAAAUACACCGCCGCAAAAUAUUAUCGCCUGGCGGAGAAGAACGGAAACAAGAUCAUGGGCAAUACCUGGAUUUGGAAGGAAAAGUAUGACCCGGGAAAAAAGAAGUAAAAGGA